GGGUCACCAGCCUUGGUACAUAUUGGGGUGGUUCUGCCUAGCGAUUACAAGGAUUCAUUGUGAGACGUUUCUUUUGGUUGCCAUUCAUUUAAAAGCGCGAAUGGCCUUAUGAAAGUAUCUCUCACUCUUUUAUAAUCCCUUUCAUCAUAGCGAGAUUUGAUUGACUUCAAAACUCUUGACCCCGUCUCCCGUCUUCUGACAUUCUUUCCGUAUCACCGGGCUUCAUACAAACCAUCUCCACCAUGGCUGAGAAGGAAGCGACCGUUUUCAUAUUGGACCUUGGGUCGACUAUGGCCCAAACUCAGAGUGGAAGAUCAGAGUCUGAUCUGGAAUACAGUAUGCAAUACGUAUGGGACAAAAUCAUAGACAUCGUGGCAGCAAACAGGAAAACGCUAUGCGUUGGCGUAUUGGGUCUGAGAACAGAUGAGACUGACAACAAGCUACAAGACGAUGAUGGGUAUGAGAACAUCGCAGUGUUGCAGGAGCUGGGACCGAUGACCAUGUCAUCUCUGAGGAAUCUUCAAUCACUUGUCAAGCCGAGCAAUACAUGGUCUGGAGAUGCUGUUUCAGCCAUUGUGUUGGCUGUUGAUAUGAUUGACACAUUCACAAAGAAGCUCAAGUGGAACAGAAAAAUCUUCUUGGUCACAGACGGCCAAGGUCCAAUGGAUGCGGAUGACUUGGGUGACAUUUCUAAGAAGAUGAAUGACUCCAACAUCCAGCUCACUGUCCUGGGAGUAGACUUUGAUGACCCGGAAUACGGCUUUAAGGAAGAGGAUAAGCCGAGCACAAAGAAAGAGAAUGAGCAAGCCUUGAGAUCGCUUGUCAAUGACUGUCAAGAUGGAGUUAUUGCAAACAUUACAGAGGCCAUCGACGAGUUAGAUACCCCACGAAUCAAGGCAGUGAAGCCUUACAAGACUUAUGAUGGUCCUCUUACCCUCGGAGACCCCAACACAUUUCCUGCUGCGUUGAAUAUCAAUGUGGAAAGAUAUUUCAAGACCAAGCUGGCGCGACCUUUGACUGCAAGCACAGUCGUUGUCAAGUCAGAAGGUGCACCGGAUUCUGAACCUACGCAAGCUGACGCUGACGAUAUGGAGGGAAUUGAGUUCUCUGCUGUGAAGCAAGCUCGUUCUUACAAAGUCAAUGACCCAGAUGCACCAGGAGGAAAACGAGACGUUGAGUUUGAUGAUCUUGCCAAGGGUUAUGAAUAUGGCCGAACUGCAGUGCAUAUCAGCGAGUCGGAAUACAAUAUCACCAAGAUUGACACACAAAAGAGCUUCUCAAUCGUUGGCUUCAUUCCAUGCUCAAAGUACGAGCCUUUCCUUAACCUCGGUGAGACUUGCGUGACAGUAGCUCGCAAGUUCGAUGCCAAAUCUGCUCUUGCCCUUUCGUCCCUUGUAUGGGCCCUCUCGGAGCUUGAGUCUUAUGCAAUCGCUCGAAUUGUGACCAAAGAUGGCAAAGAUCCAUUGUUGGUGUUGCUCGCACCCAGUGUGGAGCCAGACAUGGAAUGCCUGUACGAUAUCCCACUGCCAUUUGCAGAGGACAUCCGAAGCUACCAGUUUCCUCCUUUGGACAAGGUGAUCACGGUUACUGGCCAGACCCUUACAACGCACAGGCUAUUGCCCACGGAUGAGCUGAGUGAUGCGAUGAGCGACUAUGUCGACGCAAUGGACCUGUCGACAUACGGACUAGAUGACAAGGGCGAUCCAGAUGAAUACGUCUCCAUUGACGAGACUUUCAACCCUACGGUUCACAGGGUGAACCAUGCCGUGAAAUCACGAGCACUGCACCCAGAAAGACCAGUUCCAGAUGUUCCUUCCAUCUUGCUGCGAUUUUCUCACCCAACUCAAGAUCUGAUUGAAACAGUUCAGAGGAAGGUGGAUGCUCUUGUUGAAGCUGCAGAUGUGAAGAAAGUUCCGCCCAAGGCCAAAGGAAAGCGUGGCCGAGAAACCGUCAAACCCAUUUCUGGUCUUGAUGUGGAUGCUCUGCUGGGCGAAGAGGAGAAGGGCGACAUUAGCCCUGAUAACGCAGUACCCGAGUUCAAGCAGAUGCUUGCUGCAACCGAGGAGCUUUCUCAAAUCGAGGAGGCAGCAAAGCAGAUGGGCGCAAUCAUCUCUACGUUUGUCACGGAGAGCUUUGGGGAUGCCAAGUAUCAACGUGCUCUGGAAUGUCUUGGCGUCAUGAGGGAGGAACUCAUCAACCUCGAAGAACCAGGCCUAUACAAUACUUUCAUGCAAGACAUGAAGAAGCAGCUCAUCUCCGGGACACUUGGAGGCGACAGACGAGACUUCUGGUUUAAGGUCCGAUGGGGUCGUCUUGGUCUCAUUGAUAAACAGCAGUCAGAGGUGUCUGAUGUAUCACCAGAAGAUGCAGACGAGUUCUACAAAUUAAAGUAGUCUUGUAAUGGCAAAUGUAUCUGUUGUUUGUAAAAGGAGUGGGCGUUUGUGUACCAAUAUAUUGAUUGGCUGGUGUGAAGUUUAUCCUUCUCAUGUAACGGGCCGUCUGCAAGCAGUGGCAUUUCAUCUACUACCUGCCAAACGAGUUUCUGUUUGACUCAAUAAAACCUUGUUUAAUGCC